AUGGCUUUUUUUCCACCGGUGGCUCCUGAGGUGGCAGCUACUAAGUUUUCUCCUGGUUCCCAGAUGAAACACCAGAAGAACAACUUUCAGCAUGGAUCCAUACUUGACAAAGAGGAAAGUUUAAAAGAUCUCUACGCACAAAAGAACCAAAGAUAUUCCUAUUCUAGGUCUGCAGAAAGCACUCAGGACAGGCUCAGGCAUGGAGGCUUCUGGUCAGGUGGACUAGAGAGCAAGUAUCUCAUCAGCCAGGCCUGUACUCUGUCAGCUAAAUCAUUAGGCAGACAUAAAGAAGGAGUGGACCGUGCCUAUCCCCUGCAACCAAUUUCUCACCAGAAGAGUGCAAGAGCUCCACUGCUUAACACUGGAAGUUCCCCAUAUGUGAAGGAAACUCCGAAUUGUAGAUCAAGCUCAAUAAGCAAAGGGAUGGUUCCAGCAGGAAGGUCUCAGUUAGCUGCAGUGCUCUGCCCUUGGACAGGAGAGCUUGGACCAUCAGUUCCCCAUCUAUACAGGAGAGAGCUGGCCAACAUCCUAAAACUGGAGGCAGAUAGAAGGAACUUAGAAGAGGCAAUUCAAGAGAAAAAGGCCCUUCUUGGAGAGAAGCUCAAGAGGACAGAGGAGACACUUAGGAGGAUUCAAAGAGAGAAGGAGCUUAUCAAGGUAGAGGAGAGAAGAGAAAGUGAAGUGGAGAGGACCAGUGAGCAAAAGGCUACAAGGCGCCCUGAGCAGAAAACUUUCAGAGCUGCAGACAAGCCGGAUGUUGGGAUCUUCAGUGGGGCACAGUCUGCAGAGGACACUAUCCCCAAGCCUGCCACCACUCUCCACCCCCAAGAGCUGGCUGUAGGAAAACUCAAGGAGUGGCUGAUGGCCACAAAAUAUGAUAAAACAAACAACAGCAAAAUUCAAGACAACAUACCCAUGGAGCAUUUAGCUUCUUGUUCAAAAGUGGCCCCAAAACAUAGCCUUUCUCUCCCUCCCCUCGCAGACAGCCACCCAGCUGCAGAGAUGCUGCAAGCCAGUGCUGUGGAGCAGGAGGGCUUUGGACAGUGCAGCUUCUGCAAACGUAAGUUUCUCUGCACAAGACUCGAGAAACACAUGAAUAUCUGUGGCAAGAACCAAGAGUCCAAGAGGAAAGUGUUUGACUCCAGCAAGGCCAGAGCUAGGGGAACAGAACUGGAACAGUAUCAGCAGAGGAAGAGCUCAAGGAGUCCUCAGAGUAAAACACCACCCAGAAAGAACAACUGGAAACAGAAGCACGAGGCUCUCAUCCAGAUCUUGUCGCAGGCCCGCCAGGUGCAGCAGAUCCUCGCUAAGGGGAGGAAGGUGUCUGACCUGCCCCCAUUGCCUCCCAUCGAAAAUCCAGACUAUGUUGCCUGCACCUACUGCGGACGCAAGUUUGCCCCCCGAGUAGCUGAGAGGCAUAUUCCCAAAUGCAAAAACAUAAAGAACAAGCCCCCACCUCCACCACAGAGGAGGCGCUGAU